GUUUCAAAUGUUUCCCUCUUCUUUCUAUUAUUCUCUUUCUUUUUGCGAAAGUUUGAAAUUUUACUUUUUUAUUAUAUUUUUUUUUCUUCUCUCCAGCUGUCUGAUUUACGUGAUAAAGUAGGAAGAGCCGAAAGAAAAGCUCAAGAUGCUGAAGCAAAGGCGCAGGUUAUGGAAGAGCAGUUUUAUGAAAUAAAAAGAAGAGCUUCACCAACAAAUAUUUGCAUUUGUGAUUUAACAUUUUGUUUUGAAAGCGAUCGGACAUGUUCUCACAAGGAAUGCAUGAUAUCGUCAUUGGAACAUCAAAUUGAAGAACAAAAGAGAUUGAGAGUGUGUGAUGCAAAACAAGUUGAAGAUAAAGCUUCAAAAAUUAAAGAGUGGGUAAAAAACAAACUGAAAGAGCUUGAGGAGCAAAAUCAGCACUUGAAAGAACAAAAUCAUAAGUGCAAUGUCCAGUUGGAGUUCCUAAGAGAUCAACUAAGCGAAUUAUCAAGUCCUAAGAUUCCGCAUAAAAAAGUAGGAGAUCGAGGCAGUGCAGAGGACUCUUCUCGUGGUAGCUAUGAAGAAAAUGUGGAUUCUGAUGACAGUUUACCGCCACCAGAAACUCUUGAUUAUUCCUCGCAAGCAGCACAUAUGCAAGAAGUUUUAAAAGAGCACAUCUUCGGCAUAACUGAUGAAUAUAACCAUAUACCCAAGUUACCCAUAAAACUUAAUCAAAAUUGCCCUCCUAAUAUAUUGUAUGCUUCUGUUGAUUAUUUGUCCAAAAAGCAGAAACAUAUUCCAUGCCAAACAAUGACUGAACCUCCUAAAAUAAGGCUGGAAAGAAAAAAAUAUGCACCUGACUGUUGUUUAACUCCAUCCACAAUUAGUACAACAUCAGAACACAGAUUUUCAGAAAUGGACUGCCCUUCUUGGAAUCAUUCGUCUUCUAGAAUCGGUUCUGGAUUAGUUGAUGUUGAGACUCCUACUAGUCCUGAGUUAGAAUCCUCUUUUCCCGCAAUAUCUUCUCAAAACGUAUUGGAAGAUGAUUGCUUAAGUCAAAGACAAUCCUUUUCUGUCCCAGAACCACAUGAUUGCCAAAGUGAGUGUUUAUGCCAUAUAGAUCAAGCAUAUCUUCAAUCUCAUGUACCAAAAUCUCAUAAAAUUCGCCCUCUUACUGCUCCAAAUGCUUGUGUAUCUGAUUUAGAAAGACUUAAAUUUCUUGAAUCAAGCAAUCACAAUCAUAAACCUGAUAAAAAUGUUAUAACUCUUGAAAAUUUUCCAUGUUCUUUGAAUUUAUAUGGAAAUCACAUUUGCCAUCAAGAUGAACUUCACGAUUAUGCUGAAAUCUACACUCCAAAUAAAGAAUGUAUUGAUUUUUACACCAAUAAUGAUGGCUGUGAAUCCACUACAACUAAUGAAGCAGUUACUUGUACAAAAGCACCAACUCCUCCUCUGCAUCGUUUUCCUUCCUGGGAGUCCAGAAUUUAUGAUGUUGCCUUAAGUGGAAUAAAUGUACCAAUUGAUACCUUUAAGGCACCUCUGGCUGAUACUUCCAAUAAUAAUCAAGCUAAAAGUUCAACUGAUACUAGUAAUUCUAAUGCUGCUUUUACAGAACUUAGCAUCCCUGUAUAUGCUACAGUGAAUGGGCGAGCAUCUCAAAUUAGAUCUGUUCCAUUUACUGGGGAGUCCUCUGAUUCUUCAGAUAAUGAGGACACCAGGGUAACUAUGAUUACAACUUCAUCUCAAACUACUAGUGGUGACACAGAAUCUUCAACAUCAAUUGGGGCAAAUGCUGUUGAUCACAGCCCAGUCGAUAAGAAAGUAUUUAUGCAUUGUAGAAAGUUGUCGAACUCUACUCUUCCUCCAUGUCCAACAUCCUCCACAGUAUCUAAAUACCAUUCAACUACAUCCUCUCCAAUGAAACAAAGAGAGUUAUCUAGUGAAUCUAUUUUAUCUGAUGAUUAUGCUGUUCCUCCUGAUGCUGUAUCCAUUGAUGAAAUUAGCAUGACAGACAACCGUCCUAGUCUAAAUAAUACUCCAACAUUUUACCGCAAAAUUAUUAACUGUGAUGAUUCAAUAAAAAAGGAAACUCUUGAAAAGUGUGGUUUUCUAACUAAACUUGGAGGAAAAUUUAAAACUUGGCGUCGAAGAUGGUUUGUGUUGCGCAAUGGGACUCUCAGUUAUUAUAAAUCUCAGACUGAUGUAAAUAGAAAGCCUCAAGGUCAAAUAGUUCUGGAUGAUGUUUGCCGUGUUAAUCGAGCUUAUGAUGCUGCUACAUUUGAAAUUUCAACUGGAAAAAGAGUAUACUAUCUAACAGCUGACUCUAUAAAUAUGAUGGAAGAGUGGAUAAAAGUACUACAGAAUGUGUUGCGCCAAAAUGCCACUAAGCUAUUAUUGACUAAAGAUGAUAAGCCUACUAUUGAAGGCUGGUUGACUAAGGUUAAGCAUGGUCAUGCGAGACGCAGUUGGUGUGUUCUUAUUGGACGAAUGUUUCUGUACUUUAAAACUCCAAAUGAUUGUAAUCCUCUUGGUCAAAUAAACAUGCGAGAUGCUAGAGUAGAGGAAGUCUCACAUGUUUCUGACAGUGAUGAUGAAGAUCAUGAUCACAAUAAAAUCACAAAAUCUGAGUGUACCAUAGGAAUAUUUCCUAAUCAUCAAGGACCCACUUACCUCCUUAUGGAUAAUAAGCAGGAAAUGGAUUCUUGGUUGUAUAACUUGACUGUAGUCUCAUCGGGUCAUAAUUUAGCAGGUACUCAAACUGAACAACUUUUUGCCAAACUGAUGGAAGUUGAUGGUGAUGAAAGCUCACCUAUAUGGAAACAUCCUCUUCUUCUUUAUACUAAAGAUUCAUUAUCUCAACCUCUAACUACUCUUCCUUCUGAACAACUUCAAAUGGAAGCAGUUAAAUUAUUUAAAUCCAUCCAAUUAUUUAUAUCUGUACCUAUGGAUACAUCAGGGAUUGAAUAUCAUGUUGCUUUAGCUCAAAAUUCUUUACAACAUUGUCUCAUUUAUCAAGAAUUGCAAAAUGAGUUGUUCUGUCAGUUAAUAAAACAAACUUCUCGCCAUUGUCAUCACAAAAGUGGAGUUCAGCAACUUAUUAUUUGUGCCACUCAAUCUCUUUUUAUGUGUGACACAUCAUCUACAGAAAAAGGAACAUCGGUGUCCACAGGAAACACAGAGAAACCUAUUCCAUCUGAAAGCAAAUUUAAUCCAGCUCCUUUUGUAUUUGUUCAAGCCUGGCAACUUUUAUCAUUAGCUGUAUCAUUGUUUCUGCCCAAAAAUCGAACAUUGUGGUAUUUAAGAAUUCACCUGCAAAGAAAUGCUAACACAAAGUUUGAAGCUGGUAAAUAUGCAAUCUUUUGUCAACGUGCUUUAGAAAGAACAUUGGCUAAUGGAGGAAGAGAAUGUAAGCCUUCCAGAAUGGAAGUUCUCAGUAUUUUUAUGAAGAAUCCUUAUCAUCAUUCAUUACCACAUAGUAUACCUGUACAUUUUUUAAAUGGAACUUACCAGGUCUUUGGAUUUGAUGGUUCUACUACUGUUCAUGAAUUCAUUGAAACUGUCAAUCGAGAAGUUGGCAUUCGGGAUUGUGAAUAUUCUGGCUUUGCUUUGUUUAGUGAUGAUCCAAUUGAAAAAGAUUUGGAACACUGCCUUUUAAAAGAUGCAAAGCUAUGUGAUGUUAUUUCUCAAUGGGAACAAGCCUUACGAGAGCAGCAUUUUGGAAAAUUUGAAAAUACUAAAGUAUUAAAGCUUAUUUACAAGAAUAGAAUCAUACUACGGCAAAAUAUGAAAGCUGAGACUGAUAAAGAAAGAUUACUUUUAGUAUAUCAAAUAAAUGAAGAUAUUGUUGAUGGAAAGUUUCCAUUAUCCAAGGAAUUGGCUGUUGAACUUGCUUCUCUUCUUGCACAAAUUGAAUUUGGUGAUUUACCAAAUGAAAUGCAUUAUGGAUCAGAGACACAUACCAAACCAAAACUGCAAUUGGUACAGGCUCUAGAUAAAUUUUUUCCAAAACAUUUAAGGAAUGCUUCAACAGAUAGAAAACUUUGUGAUUCAAUUAAAGAAAAAUGGAUUGGGCUUAAAGGCUGUAGCAUCACAGAUUGUGUUCGAGUUUAUUUGAACUGUGCUAGAAAGUGGUCUUUCACAGGAGGAAAACUUUUUCCUGCUAAAUUAAAAUGUGAUGCUAUUCAAAAUGUUUGGCUUGCAGUUGCUGAAAACUGUAUUGCAGUUUUGGAUGCUGUUUCAUUGCAAUGUUUGGUACAAUAUCCAUAUUCUUCUGUGCUGACAUUUGGAGGUUGUCGAGAGGAUUUUAUGUUAGUAAUCAACUGUGGAGAUAUACCAGGAGAAAGAAACCAGUGUUCAACUGAACGUUUGUUGUUUAACAUGACAAAGCCCAAGAUUCUGGAGCUGACAUUGUUGAUUGCAGAUUACAUGAAUGCAACAGUUCAGAAUGCGCAAUACAAUAAGAGAAGUGGCAGUGCUGUGCCAUCUUCACCUAAAGGAUCUAUUUCCACUGUAUAUAAUUCUGAUAAAAUUCAAUCUAAAAUCCGUGCCAACCACACUGUUUCACAGAGCAGUAAUACAACUACUGGAAGCAUCCCACUUGACUCUUCUCCUGAUCAUGCAAAAUUGUCCUUGUCAUGAAGGCUAUCUCAAUAUUUCAGUGAACUUGAUCAAAAUUUUCUCAAUAUAUUUGGGGGCCAAUGUUUAAAUUAAAGUUUUUCAACCAUAUAUUUUCACCUAUAAGGCAAUUGUUAUCAACCAUCUAAGUUUGUAAAUUUUUUGUGUGCCCGUUUAUUUAUUUUUCUGUAAUUUCAAUAUCUCUUAAAUUAUGAAACAAUUACGAAUAUCUUUCCAAAAAAAUUAGAUAAGUGUUAUAAGUAGAGUAAACAAAAGUAAAAAAUAAAAAAAGCACCCCAUGUGCUAACCUUCAUGUGUUUAUUGACCAUAUAAAUAUUAGAAUGAAAUGAACUGGAUAAAGUAUCUUUUUUUAAUCCUGAUUCCAAAAUAGUUUUACAGUGUACUUUCAUCAUUUUUUUUUAAAUUUUUCGUUUUAUUUACAUUUCAUGCAAAAUAGUUUAUCUUAAGUGUUCACCACAUUUACUGUUUAUUUUUCAAAAUAUGUUUUAGACAACAUAUUAGAGACUGGCUCACUUAAAUUGGGGGCUACUUUUAUUAUUGUGAUUCUACAAUUUUUAAGCAUAAGACUUCGGUUUAGUUGGGAACCACUCCUCUUAUUGAUGGUUUAGAAUGUUGAGGUUUCAUUUGCAGUGAAACCUUCUGUUACGGACACUUCUAACAAAUGGACACCUCUCAUUACAGACAUAUUUUUAAUUUCCUGUUAAUCUGCCAUAAAUAAACCAUUAUGCACCUUUUCCACAAAGCGGAUAUUCCCGUAACCGAACGUGGACAGACAUUUAUGCCCUGAAAUGUUUUUUUUAUACUUGCUUCAAACCGGACACCAAUUUUUCUAAAUUCAAAAAAAAAAAUUAUGCUUUAAAUUCUGAGGGAAAAACAUGCAAUGUUAAUUAUUUGUAUUAUCUACUACUAAAGAUAUUAUGAAGCUAUUUCACCUCUAAAAAAUUUAUCAUUCUCCUGUCACCUUCCUUUAUUUUUACAAAGAAAGGAAGGAAAAUGAUACUGCUCUUGUGAAAUAUAUUCUUUUCAUAUAUUCUUUUUGUAUUAAAAAAGUAUUUUUUAUAGUUUAAAUAAAUAUCAUUGCGAAUAGUUAUAUAUUAUUAUAGAUUAUUUAAAUAUUUCUAUAUCAUUGCAACUAUUCUAAAAAAAAUUUUAGACGGUAAAUUUCGUUGUUAGUGUAUUCUUCACGUUAGCGAACAACUUGAGUAAUCGGACAAUUUUUUGUGUUCUAAGAGUGUCCGUUUUGCCGAGGUUUCACUAUAUUCUCAAAUUAAUACAUAAUUUGGUUCAAGAAAACUAUAGUAAUUUAAACCUUAAUAAAUUUUCCAUCUCAUUUGAGUAAAGGAAGUUGUUUAAAGAAGUGAUUAACAUACCUAUUUUUCUAUUUAUUGAACUAUAUUUUAAUUUUUACUCAUGUUCUUGCUUUUGUUAAUUUUUUUAAACUAUGUUUAAACAAAUUGCUUUUAAUUUGUUAUGAAAUCUCUUUUACAACAUUGAUGAUUGCAAGAUUUUUCUAGAACUGCCAAGCACACAUAUUAAUAGUUUUUUUCCUUUGAAUUUUUCGGUUAUACAUAUUUAAUAAUUUUCGGUAAUAUAUAUUUUUGUUUAGUGAUCCAGCAUAUAAUUUCAUUGACAACAUAUAUGGAGUGUAAAUUAAUUUUAAAUCAUGAUAUGCCAUCAGGAUAUAUAGUCUCCUCUGCUAUGUUGUGGAAGCUUUUAAAAUAGUUUGUUGGAAUAUGUUAUAAAAAUCAUUUUUAAUGACUGUUGAAUCUGUGACUUUCAAUUUGUUACUUAUAUUGUUGAUGUUAAAGGAAAAGCAUUUGGGAUGUACACCUAGGACCCCACUAUUGAGGGUUUCUAAGUCAAUUUUUCUGAUUUUAUUUCAGAUAUCUCGUAAUAAUUUUGCAAUAUUUGUAUUAUGCGGACAAUUUCUGUGCUAAGCUAUUAUGGUAAAACAAUUUUUUGUUCAAAGUGUUCACUGUUAGUAUAUUAUAUCCAUGAACUCAAACUUAUUUAUUAUUUUUUCUUGCAAUACAUAGAGGUCCCAGAAUCUAUAAAUCUGUCUCUGUUUACUAUAAUGCAUUCAUGCAUGCAAAAACAAACUUGGUCCCUUAUUAUUAAAUUGAAUCGUUUUCUAAAUAUAUUUUAAUUUUUGUCCAUAUAUUAAUUUAAACAUUUUAAAAAAAUUUUUGUGGUUGUAGAUAUAUUGUAUAGUCAGUAUAGUUAAUUAUACUUAUUGGGAAAUAGUUAUAAUAUUUGUAUUGUGUAAUGUAUCACAUAUUUUAUUUGAAAAAUGUGUUUUACUUUAUUAAGUGAAGAUUGUGCUCUAUGACCUUUUUCGCCUUAACACAGGAUGAUUAAAAUUUAUAUCCACUUAUGUAAAUUGAUCAUUUCUGUUGUUUGAGCUUUUUUUGUGUAGUAAAAGGUUUUUGCUUACUAUUCGCUUUUAUGAACCUCAGUCUAUCUCUACACAGUUUGGCGAAACAAAAAAAUCACAGUUGAACUAAAAAGUAGUUUUUUUUAAUGUGUUUAGUCACCAACCAUCAUGGAGGAAAGUAUUUCCUCUAAAUAAUAACAGGUAUUAAAUUUUCAAGAAAAUUACCUGCUAUUACAAAAUCAUAAUUUGAAUAAAUCUAUGGGCUCUAUUGUUGAACUAGUCUAUCUUGAAUCUCACAUGAAAGGGAAAAAAACAGGAGAUACAGAUUUUAAAUGUGGUCAAUAAUGAAACAUUUUAAUUGUUUUUGCUGUAGAAAAAAACAGUGGAAUGAUUACAUAUUAAUUAUACCUACAUACUUUCCUUUUUUCUUAAAAAUAGUUUUAUCUUUGAGGUGUAACUUUCCUUGCUUCAUAUAGACUUCUAAUGGUUCCAAGAGCUGCAAGGUAUGCUCUGUCUUCUGAAACAUCUAACAUAUAAUGAAUGGUAUUAUAUCCAGCAAUAAAGGACUUUUCAUGUUGUGAGGGGAAUCAUUUCUUUAAAAAAAGUCUUUUGAAGAAAUGCUGACAUUUAAUUCUAAUUUUAUAAAUAAAUUUACUAGUGUUUAGAAAUUAUCAGCAGUUUCUCUUGCUUUUUUUUAUAUAUACUUUCACUCUCACUGUUAGUUUUUUCCUCUUCACGGGUUUUUAGAAGUGUUUUCACAAAAGAACUUUAUUGAAGCAAUUUUCAAAACAGGCAUAUUAUGUGUACUGCAAUUAUCUAUGAAUAAAAUAAUUGUUCCUUUUUCACUCCCAUAGAUUUGUUUAAGGAUUUUAACCAAUCUCUGAACAUCUCACUUUUUAUCCCAGCUUCUCUGUUGACUUCAUACUUGCAAACGAAAGAUUUAACUUUAGCCAAGCACCUAGAUUUUGCUGAGUGUCCCAUAAAGAAAGAAAGAGUUUUGCUAAUUGAUCUUCAUUGGCAGCUAAGUACCUCAAACGAACUUAGUUUUGCAAUCUUGAAACACUGCCACUUUCUUAGGUGAGCAAUGAUAACACAGUUCUGCUUCAUUUGCAUUGAAAAUAUCCUUUCACUAGAGCAGAGAUUUUUUUUUGUUAAUUCUAGACAGAUACUUUCUGGUACACUUUCAUCUCAAAGUUUGCAAAAAUAAUAUUAUGCCUAUUUUACUAUGUUCGAUCUUUCCAGUGCUACUUUUUAAAAGUUCUCCAUAUCCAAAUUCAUUGACAAAUUCUUUCGUUUUACUUUCCAUUAUUUGUCUACUCAAAGUGAUUUCUUGGUCUUCGCAUUUUGUAAACCAUUUGUUGAGGCAUUGUGAAAAUUACAUUUUUGACUUUUCUGACCUUCUCUUUGCUUAAAAACUUUUGCUAUUAAAUUUUUGAUUACUUUUUUUUGUAUCUAAUUUCCAUCCUAGAAUUUUCAUCAUUUUGUCAAUAGAAAAUGAGAUUUUAUUUAAACCCCUAUGCAUGGUAAAUACUUUCAAAAUCGAAUUUCCAAAAGUUUUAGAAUAGACUUGCUUUUGAAAAACCACCACCACAUAAGAAAGUCAAUAAAAUGGAAAGAGUUUCUGCUCCCCGAGUUUUGGCUUAAAUAGGAAAAGUGAGCUCUGGUGCACUUUCAACAACCCCUCACUAAUUGAUGAAGUCUUCAUGCUCUUCUUUUUUGCUUGGAGAUUACUGGAAUAGUGGUAUGACUUGAAUUUCAAGCAAUACUCCCCUCACCAGUUCACACCAACUUCCUAGAGAGACAUGGAAUUUUUCCUGAAGAAUGGUUGUCUUUGAGCAUCGAUUUCCGUAAUUAUAUAACCGUAACUAUGCACCAAAAUGUGAGGUCGAGGUUUUAAAGGAAAUUGUUUUGAAAUAAUUGAAGGUACAUAAAAAUAAAUUAGUAGAUGUAGGAAAUUUCAGAAAUUUUGAGAUAAUCAGGUUUGACUGCAUCAGAUUAACAGUUAUACUUUUAAAUGUUCCUGAAAUAACUUUCAUUAUUUAAAAGUUCUUUAAACAAUCAUUAUUAUUUUGCUACCACUAUGUAAAAUCUUUUUCCCAACAACUCAUUUUAUUGCUAGUUCACAGCUAUAGAUAUGUUAGUGUUUCUGAGUAAAACUAGAACAUUUGAAAGAGUAUAAAAUAGAGUCAAUACCAGAUUAUUUAAAGUAAGCUACAAAGCUGAGUUAUAUUAUUUUUUAAUUUGUUAUUGCACAUGAAAGGUGGAAAAUGUUUAAUCGUAUUGUCCUAUAAUUAGGCUGAUCAAUAUCUUAAAGACACUUCAAUCAAUUCCUAUUAUUGUAGACUUUUACAUUCAUGUUUAUAACAUAUUGCUUAAAAAAAUCUGUCUUGUGAUAAAUCAAGUGCCAAUGAUAAUAAUUGUGGUAUGUGCUAAGAAGUAGUGGAGAAAUGAAUCAGAUAACAAAUUAUGAAAAACUUGAUGUGUUAUAUUACGGAUAAUUUUGUAUAAAGAAAAUGUAUGUUAAAAUUUUUAUGUGAAGCAAAUGCACAAAAAUAAUGUAUUGAAGUCUAAAUACAUCCAUAUUUGUUACUCUAUUUCUUUCAAAAUACUUAUAUGUAUAGAAAAAAAUAUUUUUCUCUGAUGAGAAUAAUUUAUAGUAAGUCGCUAUUCAGCUAUAGAGUAUCAGAAAUUAUAAACUUCAUUUAAUUUUGACUUAUAUUUCAGCCCAGAUAUUUAAUAAAAUACUUUACUUAAUUAAUACAUUUACUUCUGUUUCAAUAAUAUCUUUGAGGAUUUUUAAGAUAAAUAAGGCAGGUUCCAUUAUCCUUAACUCCCUUCCCCAUGAUUUUUCUUUCAUUCUUCUCCUUUAUUUUUAGUGAAACAUAGUUAUAUUUUGCAACCUUGCACUUAAUUUAACUGAAUACUGCUAGAUUAAGUGCUAGUCUUGCGCCAUUAAGCUGUACAUUCAACACAACCUACUUUAUUCAGAUGUCCUUUUAUCUGUUAUUUAUGUUGUCGGAAAACUAGCUUUUUUCCUCUCUCCAACAAGAAAGAAUUGUAUUAAGAAGAAACUUCAGUACAAACUUGCCCAAAUGUAAAAAUUCUGUUUUAGUAAUGAACUGCUUAAAAGAAACCAAGUAGUUCCGCAUGUAUUUAAUUUUCUUUCACAUUUUCUUCCAUAUAAAUAUUUAAUAAUUUUAUUAAUCUUAUUCUAUAAGUAUUUUUCUUAAGAAAAUAAUGCAAAGCUUUUUUUAAAAUUUUUUAUAAAUGGGCUAAAACAUUUAAUUUUGCAAGCUUCCGUUUAGGUGCAAUCUGUCAAGUUCAUGGUUUAUCUCUAACUAUAAAUUGUUUGCUUAUAAAAGCAGUCAACAAUUUGUCUUGUUUAGCUUCCAUACCACCAAUAUUAGAAUGAAUGUCACAUCAAUAAAAAAAUAUUUUGUAAAAUUUACAAUUUCUUGAUUAUCACUGAUUGUUUCUUUAUAUUCUUCACUAUAAAAGCAUUAAAUCUUUAUUUUAGAUAUUCACAAGCCAAUCACUCAUCUGUUGUAUGAAAUUUCCAUCAAACUUCUGUUGUUGUUGGAAAUAUAUAGCAAGUAUCAUUUUUUUAAAGUUACUAACAGUAUUUUCACUUCUAUUAACUUCAUAUUUGUCUUGUACCACAUAUUUUUAACUUUUCUUUAAUGAAUGUCAACCAAAUAAAUGUCUUUAUUUAGAUGUAUUGACAUUAAACUUCUGUUAUUGUUGUUGGAAAUAUGUAGCAAAUACCAUUUUUUUUUUAAAUUAGCAACAGUAUUUUCACCUCUAUUAACUUCAUAUUUGUCUUGUGCCACAUGCUUUUAACAUUUUUAUAAAUUAAUGUCAACCAAAUAAAUGUCUUUAUUUAGAUGUAUUGGCACUGUUUUCAAAGCUUAACAGCCUAUUGUAACUUUUUUAAUGCAUGCUUGUAAAUCAAAAUUAAUUUUGUCUAUUAGUUAAAAAGAUUGCAAUGUAUAUAGUCAUCAUUCAAGUGUUUAUAUGUAUAUAUAUAAUUUUCUGAAAGAAAAAUAAAUCUACAUGUAUUUUUUGUGGUACUUUUACUAAAACUGGAAAUAGUUCGGUAGUGGUUCAUGAAAGAACUUGUAAAGUAUUUAAAUAUGCUAACAAGAUGUAUUUUUGUGUGUAGUGUUAUUUUACAUAUUCACUUUUUAAUAAAAUGUUUAUUUAAAUCAUCCUAAA